AUGCUCGUGGAAACUACUCAUCUUCUCCAACGAGCUGCACUCAGAACCAACUCCGUUGACUUUGAUGAACUGGCGGAUCCGGAUAUACAGGAUUGUGUAGUGAAAUAUCAUUUUCUAUGUGCUUGGAUGGCACUGAAGAAAGGAGACAUUAAAGAAUUCGAAAUACGCUUCAAACCUUUACCGCAAGAAAUUACCAAGAGCCCAGUUUCACGAGAGCAGUACGAUAGCAUGUGUCUAUUUGCGUUUCGUCUGGCAGUCAAGAAUGGCUGGAGAGGACUGGCAGAAUCAUUGAUGCCGAAAUUGUUCGAGACAUUUAGCAUCUUGAAGCAGUUUCACCCCGAUGUGCUUGAGUAUAAGAAGAUGGUCUCGAUAUUCUUUUAUGCGCUCUCAACUGCGGACAUGGAGGAUAUGUCGGGAAGAUUUAAUAGUUUAAGAAGUGAACUUCUACAGACGAUUGAGCAGGAUCUGGAAGGUCCAUUAGGUCUUUUCCUGCAGCUUGAAGUGAUGUCUAGACGAGAAGAUUUCGACAAGGAUGCCUUCUACCAAGAUGUCUGCAGUAUAUAUUCAAACUACGAGCCCAAGAGUAGUCCUGACAAGGCGAUGAUGACCCUGUGGCUGCUUUACCGACAUAUAAAUGUAUUCACUCAAGACGAACAUUGGCUACAAGAGAAUUUCGUCGCUUUGUUACGUCUAGUCCCUUCGCCGCCAUGGAAACAUUCUGAAUUACUGCACUUUUUGACCGACCUUCCAAGCGCUUUGAAUGAGAUUCUAGUAAAGCCCCUUAGCACUGCAGCGAGCAACGUAGCCUUGAUUAUCGUAUGGAAGUACGUUGAGUCCGCUUGGUCAAGCUGCGAGUACCUCGAAGCCCAAGAGUGGUGUCGCUUUUGUCAAAAUAACCUCUUCCAGCAAGCCGCUCCUGCGAAUAAAUCCAAUACGGCGUUGAUGGACUGUUCCUUUCAAAUUGGAGACUAUGCUGAAGUCAAGUCGAGUUGGGCGGUUCUCUCGAAGCAGGAGAAAGAAGACCCAACGACAAUUCACAUCGUGUACCAAGUGGCACUUAGAAAUUCAGAUAUUGAUACCGCCGCGAACCUCCUGGCAUCACUUAUCGAGUUAGAAAACGGAGAGCAUCGCUACGCCUUAGCUAGCGUGGCUGCAGCAGUAACAGUAUGCUCUCAAGUUAGACGAUACGCACUUCGAAGUGUGUAUGAACUGAUUGAGAAGUAUCCGAUUGUGCUGAAGAAGCCCGUCAAUCUUGACCUGCAUCGGGCUUUGAUCAGACUGAUAGUCUACGAACUAAGGGAGGACCCUGUUGAUGCAGAAGCUCAAAAGACGCAGAUGUACGAAGUCUUGACAUGGGGUGAGUAA